AUUUCAAAGGUGAAAGUGAGGGACCGUACUAGCAUGACCAGUGGUAGUACGGGCAGUGGCAGAUUUGACACGCUUCACACGUUGUUUGGCUCCGAGACAACGCUGUGGACGUUUCGCAUCUGUCGAGCCUUUUCUAGACAGGCGCUGCAAUCAGGACAGAUGCCGUUAACUGUUCUUCUCGCCCUUGCCAUGGCCUUCAGAAAAUGCUGGGAUCUUCUUUGUGCCGUCACAGCGACAUAAACUCUAACAACCAAUCUAUUGUGAAGAGAGGGAACAUACAAUUGAAAAUUCUGCGUACAAAUGGGAAUAUUUUAGUUAUUUAUGUAGAUAAGAUACUUGGUUAUGUAUAUUUAUGUUCCUAAUAUCAGUAUACAUUGAUAUAAAAUGAAUCUUUAAAUC